GCUGACAGCUGAGAAGCAGGUCAGUCAGGUUCUUGGGUGCUCUAUUACACAAGCAAGAUUAGGCCAGCUCCACCUAAUUUUGUUUCUCUGACACCCUCCUGCUCAGUGGGACAUUGUCAUACUUAACCCUUCUGCUUUCUCUAAUCCUUGGCAGACUCAUUCCAGCCAGAACAGCUGUCUGUGUGAUAUUUUAGUUCCUGUUUGUAAAUACCUCCAAAGCCUGAAGAUUCCCCUUAAUUACACCAAUACUGAAAAAGGCCACAAUGUUGACCUCAGUCAAAAUUCUGUUGAUUUCAAAACUGUUUAGUUUACUACUAAUUGGAAGCCUUGGAGAAGAAGGUCUAGAAAUAAACACAACACAAAGCAUUGCAGCAGGCUUAAAAGUGAUGGAAAAUGAAUCUGUUCCUUUGGAAAGUGAUGUAAAUUUGAACUCAGAUAAAGAAAAUAGAGAAACCUCCAAUCCCAAGACAAGUAAUUCCUCUCUUUGGGACCCAUCAAAUAAAAACCAUGGAACAACAGAGGUCUUUGGUAAUUCAUCAACGAACAACUUUUCUGGGAGCCCAAGACCCACGCCUAUGUUUCCCACAAAUACUUUGAUGCAAGGCUUUGUGUCUAAAUUGCCUCAGAACUCAUCUAUAGCAGAUGAAAAUCCUCUGCCGGUCUCAGCACCUCCCAGUGCUACAUCUGCUCUAUCUUCAGAAAAGUUCACUUGGUCUUCAGCCAGCGAUACCAUGAAAACUCCUGACAACAGUUCCAUUUCAACGAGCAUCCUUCCUGCAGCACCAAGCACUAUGUCUGCGUCUCCCAUGAUAACGGAACCAGAUGACUGGCUCAUGACAACAAACGAUAGUUUCGUAGGGUUUACCCCCUAUCGAGAAACAACCACUCUACAGCCCACCUUAAAGUUUACCAAUAAUUCAAAAAUCUUCUCAAACACAUCAGACCCCCAAGAAGAGAAUAAAAAUACAGGAGUAGUAUUUGGGGCCAUUUUAGGUGCUAUUCUGGGUGUGUCAUUACUUAGUCUUGUUGGCUACUUGCUGUGCGGAAAAAGGAAAACAGAUUCAUUUUCCCAUCGGCGACUUUAUGAUGACAGAAACGAACCAGUUCUGCGAUUAGACAAUGCACCGGAACCUUAUGAUGCAAGUUUUGGGAAUUCUAGUUAUUACAACUCAACUAUGAAUGAUUCAUCUAUGCCAGCAGGCCGAGAAAAUGCACGUGACGGCAUUCCUAUGGAUGACAUACCUCAACUUCGCACCUCGGUAUAAAACCAAGAGGAAAAGGCUUCUGAUGGAAAAUGAUCACCUACAUCGUAGUUUUUUCACAAACCCAUCUUCCGAAAGCUGAAGCAAGAUCACUGUCAUGGCCCAUGCCAAAAACAACCAUAAAACAAGAGACUCAUAGCAGAAACAGAGGAUAAUCUAAAAGGUUUCCUUUCUUACCAUUUUUGGCUGUGCUGAGCCAUCUAUUGAGUAACCUUAAUUUGUAUUUUGGUCUAUGUUAUUCUUAGUAGGAAACGUUUGUGGGAAUCAGGUGAUACUAAAGAGUUUCACAUUGAUUGCCCUGCCUGAUUAACCCUAUAUUAAUUAACCCUAUAUUUCUAAUGCCAUGCAUCAAGAUUGGCACUCUCUUCAAGGAACACUGGGAGAGUAAUUUAUUUUUAAUUUUGACUUAGAACAAGAGAGAGAGACUAUACAGAGUUUCUGUUUCUGGGAAAUUCAACUAAGUUAGUAGAGUAAUAGGAGUGAGAGAUUUGUUCUCUAGUACAUUUAACUUUCCUAUAUCAGCACAUCCAUGGUAAGCCCCUUGAGUUGCCAAGUUGACAAUGACUUUGCCUUCAACAGGGCCAUGGUUGGAAAACUGGCCCUAACCAGGAAAAGAAUCAUUUCUCUUCAAAGAGUGGGAAAUGCUAACCUGUCUGAUUGAUUUUAGGCCUCAAUUAAUCAGGUGCUUUAAAGACUCAAUGAGAAACAUGAAGAAUAAAGUCAGCCAAAGCAUAUAUUUGUACAUAUUAUUUACAGCUUUAAGAUGUUAAAUAAGAGCAAGAUUUAUUAUGUAUUCAGUAUCAUUGCUUGAUUGAUUCCAUAAAUGGAAUAGAUUCAGGAUCUCUAAGUGUAAAAGUCUAAGGUUUAAAAAUAGAUGAAUGGAAAUAUGCAAACAAAAACUUCUGAGCAUCGCUUUUACAAGCAGAAAUAGAAGAAGUGUCAUUUGGAUUCAUAUGACAUCUUUCAGUCAUAUGUUUCAGUUUGUUCUUAAUUACCACCUGCUUUCGGCAAGAAAAAAAUGCACUCAAUAUAGGAAGGUUGAGGUUUUAGGGACUAAAGGAUCAGAUCAAGAGUUAAAGUCCCAAGAAGCAAUGAAUAUGUGAAGAGGGCAAACAAAUCGAGAGAUUUCAUUGUUAAAUUGACAUAUGGGUGCACGCAGAAACACAGUGUGUGAAGAAACACAGCAGCAGCAGCCUCAGAAAAUGAGGACCAGGAAUUAAGUAACAGGAAAACCUACUUACCCCAUAUUGCCAUAAAAAUAGCAAAGAAGACUGUUCCUCCAUUAUCAAACAAAUAUGUCACCUUAAUGGAAAACAAAGCACAAAUAUUAGUCACAUAUUGAUUAUAAUAAUCUAGUGAUUUCUGUCUACAUUUAGAUUCUAUGAUUUUUUAAAAAAGUAAUCACAUUAUUUUAUGAUUUGUAAAUAUGAGGUAUGAGAUUCUUUCAUGGGUUCUGCAACUGUUUCAUAUGAUUUUCUCUUUGGGGAGCCGUGAGGGGUCAGCAUUUCCCCCUCCCCUCCUUUCUUCUUUCUUCCUUUCUAUUUCCUUUGGACUUCACCUUCAAUUUCUGCUUAAAAGUGGCUCUUGUGCCCUGAGGAAGUAUUUGUGGGCCAUAGAUAGUCAGGGUAAAGUUAGCUGUUCAGUGGUGCAUACCUAGCUGCACUUCCUGUCAGCAAAACUUCCAGGAAUGAGGAAGUUACAAAAUGAAGAAUUCCACCCAUGAGCCAAAUCAUUCAGUGGAAAGUAUCACAGUGCUAUCCCUACUUUCUGACAUCUUUCAGAAUGUGCCAUGGGUCCAACAGUGGCUACGAGUUUGUCUUUUUUUUUUUUUUUU